AUGCUUUCGUCGCGGUCGCUUUUUUUAAAAAGAAGUGUCGCUUGUGUCAACAGCCAUUACAAUCAAUCGCCAUUAUUACUAAGACUUAAUGACGAGUUCAAAAACUAUUUACCGAAAAUCGUGGAGAAUUCUUUGAAGGACAAAAAAUACGCUGAUUUCACAGAAAUUAAGCACCGCAUAGCAAAAAUGUCCGAAUACCAUACUCUGGCAAGGGAGCCGAUACAGGGAAAGCUUACAUUGCUCGCAUUUAGCUGGCUUGCGAGCCCCGGUGAUUUGACCGAACAAAAUUUGCAUCAAAUUAAAGUCCUGGCUUGGGCGAUCGAAUUGACGAUAAAUGCAAAACACGGUGCGGGAAACCUUGCUGGCAUUUACUGCCAGAAG